UCCCCGGAGGGGACCGGGGGAAGACCCGAACGCUCCUACUUUCGGUGUACACAUUAAGUAUACAAUAACCUCUGUCUGCACAAAUUCUGCACCUUUCCUAAUGGUGAUAAAUAAUAAAAUAAUAGCAUUUUUAGAGACUUAAAGGUCCAAUAGCUGUCGAGAAGACAUGCCUUCCAUUCGGUAUCCUCCACUUUCUGCAACAGCCCUGUAGAUCCAUUUGCCCGCCAGAAACUUCACACCAGAAAUGAUCUCUCAGCGAUUGUCCUUGAGAUGGCAAACAGAUGAUUUUGACAGUGUUGGUCUCUUCCUUCCUGGCCAAAGGAAGGAAGUGUUUAAGGAGAGGAUUGGUUAUGCCCAUCUAUUUGAGGUCCUAAAAUCUAUGGGUCAGCCUUCAUGGGAACUACUUGAAGAACUUAUGAAUAUGGCUGUUGAAGGUGACCACGCCUCAGCUGGGAUGUUGGGCAUCAGUAACGUUCAGCCCUUGCUGCUGCUGAUCCAGUGGCUUCCAGAGCUGGAGUCGUGUGAUCUUCAGGUCUUCAUCUCCAACCUGCUGAAGCGAAUCUGUUGCCUGAACCAGCAGAGCUGGGCCACCUGCGUCAAUACAAACAUGGUCAUCCAUAUCAUCAAGACACUCAGUCAGCACGCCCUGCCGCAUGGAGCCUGUGCAGAGAACCUGAUCACCCUCUUGGGUGUUUUGGGCAGCCAGUCCAUGAGCUCUGAAGAGCUGCACCAGCUGAUCAGGCUGCUGAGGACUAAGGACCCGAAGCAGACCCAUCCUUACGCCGCCCCCGUUAUGCUCUCAAUCCUGACGAUGGCUCGCAAGCAAGGCCUGGACAGUGCCUUGCAGUAUUUUGACUUGUCGCAUGGCAUGGCUGGCAUCGCAGUCCCACCGAUUCACAAGUGGCCGGGCUCUGCAUUUGCCUCCAGUGCUUGGCUGUGCUUGGACCAAGAGCAAAUGGUCCCUGGGCCCAAUGGCAAGGGAGGCAAGAGGAAGCAGCUCUACAGGUAGUGGGAUGGGCUUUGAGUCAUUCAUUACUUGCUCGUGGUUGC